AUGUAUCAGCAUAGUCACGCUUUUCAGGGCAGAAAGUUGACUGAACAAGAACGGGCACGAGUCUUGGAGUUCCAAGACUCAAUUCACUAUUCGCCAAGAUAUUCUGAUGACUCGUGCGAAUAUCGUCAUGUAAUGUUGCCCAAAGCGAUGUUAAAAGUGGUGCCCUCUGACUACUUCAAUUCCGAAACUGGAACUUUACGCAUUUUGACGGAAGACGAGUGGCGUGGACUUGGCAUCACACAGUCGCUGGGUUGGGAACAUUACGAAUGCCAUGCCCCAGAGCCUCACAUUUUGUUAUUUAAACGCACAUUGUAA